UUUACAACACAAUCUAUUACAUCAGCAAUUUAAGUUUUAGUAUUUCGAACGCACUUGUGACAUUAGAUUUGUUAUACACAUAAAUUAGAAAAAUAAAAGUGAUUACAUAAUAUGUGAUAAAAUUUUUAAUGUUAAAUGUGGAUAUUGAAUAACGAUUGUAGCUAAACAAGCUAAUAUUGGAAUAUAUAUAAGGAGAUUUUAAGGUUAUAAUUUUGAUGUGCCAAAGCUAAAUGCAAAUCACCGAAUAUCAUAACAGAAUUGAGUAUUUUAUAUACUUGACAUGUGCAGACGAUGUUGAUACUUUAAAUUAUAUUUGAAAUAAUUUAUUAUUCUCUCUCCACACAUUCAGUUGUAUGUAAAAAAACUUUAGGCAUGCAGUUUUACUAAAACGAUUGAUAUUGCCAUGGAAAUAUGAUUCUUUCAAGCAGAGCUUGUGGCGAAUGUACAGAACACGAGCAAGUUAUAAAACCAAAGAAUACGAAGGUCGCAAAUUAGUAGGAUUUUCAAUGGAGAAAAUGUAUUAUGUGGUUGCUGAUGUAGGAAGUUAUAAGGAUUUUAUACCCUUUUGCAAGAAAUCUGAAAUUACUUUCAAAAAUGAAGACUUUCUAAAGGCCAAUUUAGUAAUAGGAUUCCCACCUAUAAAUGAAAGCUAUAGUUCAAAGGUGACUAUGAUAUACCCAAGAGUAGUUAAAGCAGAAUGUAGAGACGGCAGAUUGUUCGAUCACUUGAAUACUCUGUGGCUUUUUAGUCCUGGACUGAAAAACAAUCCUGAAACAUGUGUAAUUGAUUUCUCCUUGUCCUUUGAAUUUAAAUCUGCCAUUUAUUCUCAUUUAUCAAAUCUAUUUUUCAAUGAGAUUGUAAGACAGAUGGAGAAUGCUUUUCUUGAGGAAGCUGAAAGAAGGUAUGGCCAGCCAUGUUUAAGGACAGUCAAGCUGCAAAGAUGAUUAGAAUUAUUUACAUAGCUAAUUGAAUAUAGAUAAUAUUUAUUUUUAUGAGAAAUUUAUUUAUUGUUAUCAAGCUGUCUUUAAAAUGAAAGCAUGUAAAUUUAACAAAAUUAAUGAUAAAAAGUUGAUACGAUAAAGUAUAACAAACUAAAUGCUUAUAAUUAAAGCAUUUAUUUUAAGCACAUAAGAAAAAAUGCAUUGUUUUUUAAUUAAAUUUACAUAAUAAAUUUGCAUAAAGAAUUAAUUGAUGUUGUGUCAAGUAUUAAAAAAGAAAAAAAAAAUAUGUGCUAAUAUAUGGCAUUUUCCACAACUUUAUAUAUUGAAAAAUAUAUCUUUUCAUAUAAAAAGUGAUUAAAAAGAAAUUGAGCUCGAUAAUAAAUAGCACACAAUCUAAGAUAUUCUAUAUUUCAAGAACAAAUAUAAAAAAAAUUUUAAUGUAUUUCAAAAAAUUUAUAUAAAUAUAUAGUAUUUAAAUAUUUAA